CUGUCGUUCAUGGAGUCUGCGAGUCAUUAGAUAGCAUGCUCGCGUGCAUCAUCUAACACAAUUGUGAGCUGGAGGUUGCCUAGAAGCGGAGGAGACAUAGAAAUUCAUUCACAACAGGGGACGGAAGAAAAUGAAGAUUGUCGUGUGCCUUGAAUCCCCUUCCUGAAGGUCCGUGCCUCGCGUGCGAGCAUUUCAGCAAGGUAAGAAACGCGGACAUUCUUCCAGCUCAAGGGUUUAAGAGCCGUAAAUAAAUUAGGAUUAAAUUAUGGAUUAAGACAGCUAGCGACUGCAUGCGCUAAUCUCUGCAGCAGGGCAGUCCAAAGAGAGAGGGAGGAGAGAGAAAGAGAGAGCAAAAGAGAGCGAGGGAGAGACACAGACUGAGCCUGAGAGAAGCAGAGAAGAGAGAGAGAGUGGGGGAGGAGCCAGAGAAGGAGAGAAGAGAAAGAUAGAGUACGACCGAGAGGAGAAGAGAGAGAGAUAGAGAGGCAGAGAGUAGAAGGAAGAGUGAGAGAAGGACAGAAGAGAGAGCAUCUCUUGUUUCUGUCAGUCAGGUCUGCCACUGGAACAGAUAGGCUAAGUGGGGGGGGGGGGUGCAGCUGUCCUGGUGAGGGGCUCUGGCUACAGAUUCGACUUGGAGUGAGGGGAGGACCCAGAGAGAGCGAGCAAGAGCGAGUGAGAGACAGAAAGAACGAGAGAGUGAUAAGGAGAGCAAGUGAGAAAGAGAGAGAUAGUAGAGGAGUGUGCAGAGAACUGGCCGGUCCAGGUCGGCGUCUUCCCCGCUAAACUCUGGAGGGAAGGAUCCGGUGCCAGGGACGCGUUAGCCACUCCUCUGGGGUGAGUCGGACUGCCCUCUCAGGGCUGCUUUCCCUCCGCUUUCCUUCAGCGGGGGUACAGGGACCACCGGGAACCGUGGACCCCCCCCGCCCCACCCGUUCUCCUCCCCCCUGAGUGACGGAGGUCCUCGUUCGGAGCCUGAGAUGCGGACCGGGGGGACGUCUCUGGAGCCGAAACGGACGGACGGAGAGCCUGCGUCCCGCAUGGCACAGACGCAUGCAGGUCUCCAGUAACACACGGGGACCCUGGCGUGAGCUAACCCCCCUGCACCCUACAGCAAGAUGACAGCAGUGUGUCCAAAUGGGGACCCCGCCCUGGACGACCCGGGACCCCCCGCUGGGGGCCACAACCUGGGCCCCUCCCUGCAGAGCGUGGGCCCCUCCCUGGGCUGCGAGGCCCCGGGGAACCGACGCUACGCCCGCUGGAGCCGGCAGGACAGCCUGGACGUGGCCACGGACGAGGAGGAGGGCGGGGCCCCGCGCCGGCGGCUGAGCCCGCUGGAGAGGCUGAACCUGGACAUGUGCCAGGACGAGAAGGUGGUGCGCGAGCUGACCGUCGGCCGCCGAAUCGGCUUCUACAAGAUCCGCGGCGAGAUCGGCUGCGGGAACUUCUCCCACGUCAAGCUGGGCAUCCACGCCCUCACCAGAGACAAGGUGGCCAUAAAGAUCCUGGACAAGACCAAGCUGGACCAGAAAACCCAGCGGCUGCUGUCCCGCGAGAUCUCCAGCAUGGAGCGCCUGCACCACCCCAACGUGAUCCGGCUGUACGAGGUGGUGGAGACCCUGUCGCGCCUCCACCUGGUGAUGGAGUACGCCGGGGGCGGGGAGCUCUACACCCGCAUCAGCACCGAGGGGAAGCUGUCCGACAUCGACAGCAAGAUCGUCUUCUCCCAGAUCCUGUCGGCCGUCAAGCACAUGCACGACAACAACAUCGUUCACCGGGACCUGAAGGCGGAGAACGUCCUGUACACCUGCAGCACCUGCGUCAAGGUGGGCGACUUCGGCUUCAGCACGGUCAGCCGGCGCGACGAGACCCUCAACACCUUCUGCGGCUCGCCGCCGUACGCCGCGCCCGAGCUCUUCCGCGACGAGCACUACGUGGGCGUACACGUGGACGCCUGGGCGCUGGGCAUCCUGCUCUUCUUCAUGGUGACGGGCACCAUGCCCUUCCGCGCCGACACCGUGGCCAAGCUCAAGCGCUGCAUCCUGGACGGCGCCUACGCCGUGCCGCCCUUCGUGCCCGAGCCGUGCCAGCGGCUCAUCCGCGGCAUCCUGCAGCCGCUGCCCGCCGACCGCUGCACCGUGGAGCAGAUGAUGGGGUGCGAGUGGCUGCUGCCCGUGGAGUUCCCCCGCGCCAUGGAGCCCUUCCGGCUGGACCCGCUCCACCUGGCCGAGGGCGGGGCCGGGGCCGGGGCCGGGGCCGGGGAGCCGGACGAGGAGGCGGCGGAGGUGCGGGCCGCCCUGGAGGCGCUGGGCAUCACCGCCGAGCACAUCCGGAACAACCAGGGCAAGGACUGCCGCAGCUCGGUGACGGGCGUGUACCGCAUCCUGCUGCACCGCGUGCACCGGCGCCGGGCCCUGGAGAGCAUGCCCGUGGUCGCCGCCCAGGCCGCCGCCGACCCCAAGAAGGACCGCCUCCGGGCCUACCGCGGCCUGAGGCACACCUCCAAGCUCUGCGCCAUCCUGUGACCGCUACUGCGGCCUGACCUUAACCCGACCUUGGCGUGACUGUGCCGGAGGCGCACCUCCAAGCUCUGCGUCAUCCUGAGACCGCGAUUGUGACCGUGACUGUGACCCGACCUUGGCGUGACUGUGCCUGCGAUGCACCU